UUCCGUUUCGUCACACGACCGUGACUCGCGCGACGACACUCGACGUUCGUGCACGCGUUUGAUUUGUUCCCGACGAUGUCUCGUGGCGCAACGUGAUUCUUUCCGAGUUCUCGUUGCCGGAUCAUCGCGGAACCUUAAUACCCCGAGCGAGCGGUAAGUAAAAAUGCUGUUGCGAUUCUACGGGGCCCCGGGCUGGCGAGAAAUGAGCGUUGGAUGCGAACAGGCGGUGCGAGGAUAGACGGAGGCGUCAUGGCGCCCGAUGCCCUUCGCAGUUUCCCGGGUUCUGCCCUCAACGACCAUCUUGUUGUCGAUAAAUCAAUAUAUAUAGAUAUAUAUAUACAGCGCACGCUUCUCGCCACUACGUUAGCACGAGAUAACUGGCGAUAAUUCGUCGCGACCCCGUGUCGUUCACGACGAUACUCAGAUUCUCGUUCUGCAUUGCUCUGCGUCGCUUUGUCUCCGACUAGCUCGACGGAAUCCUUUCGUAAUCAUACGAUGCGAUGCCACCGGAGAUAUUCGGGUAGCGUGAUAAAAAGAACGGAAGCGGUAACGUGUAGAGUUUUCGAAAUUCCUGGACAUCCGGUCGACGACACGUAUCCUUGAACAUGUUGGAACAUGUCGAAACUGUUCGAAGGGCCUUUUCUGCAUGAGAGAAUUGUUUAUGAAUAGUUAGUUGUAGCUGUUAUAACAAUGUGUGUGCCAAUAUAUCUAUGUAUAGGACGUAACUUGUGGAAAUGUCGUGGCACGAACACGUGAACGAGUUUAAUUCGAACACGCCGAUUUUCAUAGUCUUGCAGAUUAGAUUCGGAUCUUGGUUGAACGAAAUGGAAUCUAUGGACGCGCGUCUCGUGGCGCAGGCAUUGAACUAUCACGGCCAGCAGUUGCAGAAAGUAUGGGAAGGAGAACGCAAUGAAAACGAACUGAUCAUGCUCAAUCUCAAGGAUCCGAGCUUUGAAAUAUAUCAGCAGCGACAGAAAACUCUUAGCUUUGGAGACAGAGGCAAACGUCUGAAGCUUCAACAAUUCCUUGCUAAAAAAGCCGAUGCCCUGUAUGAUAAAGCAAACCUGGAGAAAUCUGCGGAAUGCUCUAAACAAGAACUUGGAGAUGAAGAAUUUUAUGCUACAGUACCAGCACUUGAUACUUUUGUCACCAUGGAAAAGUCUCAACGCAUUCGCAAUUUUUUGGAGAGUUUAAUAAUUGGGGAUGUAAUUUACGCGCAAGUACUAGGUAAAAGUGCCGCAGGUCUGCUUCUGAAGGUGCUUUGCAACUGCAGUGACUCUCCCAGAGUUGUUACUGAAUUAGGAGUUAAGGCACUGAUAUUAAAUACGGCCACUGUGCCGGCGGUGGACAAGAAAGGUGUAACAAGGGGCUACAUGGCCAAUGAUCUCGUCUGCGUCGUAGUCAGUGAAGUUAACGUUGAAGCCGAGCGUGUUGUUGCAGUUAUGAACGUACCUGCUCGGGAAGGGCAAGCGCCACACCCACCUAUAGGACUUAUUCAUUCCGACGACCUUCCGGAAGCCUAUAAGAAAGCGAUGGACAACAAAGGCCAGAGUUAUGAAAUGCUGUUGGAGAAUAGUACUGGCUUCAACAAUCCGAACAACAUAAAAUAUCUGUGCGACUUGGUCGGUCUUGGACAAGAGAAUCAUUCUAAUAUGGUUGGAUUGAGAGAGAGAUUUCCGCCAAAUGAAUACGCUUCUGAAUUACGACAAGCGCAAGCAAGUAAAUGGGCGUUCCGAAGCGUUGCUGAGGGUAUAGAUCAUUUCAAGGCCGGCCGUCAUUCCGAAGCUUUCCAGUGUCUCAACAAAGCACUCACCGUUGAUCCUCGGAAUGUUGAAGGCUUAGUCGCUCGAGGAGCAUUAUAUGCAAAUAGCGGAAGUUUCAAGAAGGCGAUUGACGACUUUGAGACAGCCUUGAAAUUAAAUCAAACGCAUGCAAAUGCUCGUAAGUAUAUGGCGGAAACGUUAGUGGCGCUUGGUCGUAGUUAUGAAGACGAGAAGAAAUACGAAGACGCUCAAAAGGCAUACGAGAACUGCUUGGCGAUUGCGCCGUAUCACGAGGAAGCGCGAAAUUCCAUCGAGUACAUAAAAUCUAAGACCCUUACAGCAUCACUGAAUCCUUUGGAUACCUUUAAAAAUUUCGAAACCGAGAAUGACGUUGUAGAAAACAAAAAAGAUAAAAAGAAGCAAAAAGAGAGAAAAUCUCGAUCAAAGAAGAGGCAAAGAUGGAGUUCCAGCUCGAGUUCCUCCUCCAGCGGUUCUUCGAGUUCUUCAAGUUCGGACUCGAGCAGCUCGUCGUCGUCCGGAAGCUCUCGUUCGGCAUCCCGUUCGCCAAGUCGUAAGCGCAAGCACAAGAAAGAUCAUCGCAGCUCGCUUUCACCACUUAGCAAGCGUAUGGCCCAAUAUAAUAAUCCUCCGGCUGCAGCUGCCACUACUCAUGAUACUAUCGCGCCGGCCUCUUAUACUGCGAAUACGCGCGAUAAGGUUGAUGACUACGAAACUAAAGUACGCAAAUUUCUUGAGCAGACCAAGGAUGAUUCUGAUUACGAAGAUAAGGUGAGAAAAUUCUUGGAAGAGACAGCGAGAUGGAAGAGAGAAAGGGAAAAGGAAAAGAAACACUCUGAGAGUGAAAAGAUGAAGAAGAAGAAGAAGAAAGAGAAGAAGGGAAAAGACAAAGAGAAGGAGGAUAAGAAGAGUCGAAAGAAAAAGAAGAAAGAAGAACGGAAAAAGCGUAAAAACAAGGAUAAACUCGAACGAGAUUUAGAAGCGUUGAAAAAGUCGUCUUUACCAGACUUGGAACAGUUAGAGUCCAAACUUAAUGCUUAUUAUGCAAAGGUUGAGAAAGACUGUGCGGCGUUGAAAAGGUAUGUAGCACAGUAUAAUGACAUACCUUCCCCUCUUAGCAACGCGGAGAAGCUCGCUGAGAGUUCACGUAGGGAGGAGGAGCUGCGCAGAGAGAGGGAAAGGGAGAGAGACGAAGCUUCAAAGGCGUAUCACGAGCGAGAAUCCAGGAUGCCCAUGACUGCGCAACAGAGGAAAGAAAUACAGAGGAAGCCACUAACAGACAUAUUUGAACAAGAGUCCCAAUUGAUUCAUCCAGAACCAAAGCUGCCUACGUUAGAUACUGCUGCGUUGAAUGCAAAAUGGAAAGCUGCGCAAGCUGCUAGACAAAAAGACGUUCCUCCGCCAAAGUGGCAAGAUAUUCCACCGGAAAGCAAGAAAAUGCAAUCUAAUGUUUUUGUGGACAGUGAUGAGGACGAUGACAACGAAUUGGAAGAGAGGCUACAACGCGCAGCUCUCGAAAAGUCCUUAAAUAUACGGAAGCAGAUGCAGCGUGAACUUGCCGAAAAGAGAGCACCGCCGCCGCAAUCUGCACCGACACCUCCACCGCCAUUGCCGAAGGAGCCUCCGAAGCAAGCGCCUGUCAAGUAUCCCACGCCACAACCGCAAAACAAAUUCCAAUCGUACAAAGAACCCACCAUGUCCAUUUCGCAAACCACACCGACCAAAUUUGGCUCUAAUAACAAUUUGGGUGGCAAGUUUCAACCGAUCGGUCAAAACAGCGGAACCGGACAUCCACCCGAACCACCGCGGCCUCCGCCACCAGCGAAAAAUAGUCAAGCCAAAGGACCGAGAACCGAUUCCGAUAGCGAGACUGAGCGAGGUCAUCGACAGACUCCGAAGAAACGUGAUUCGAGCAGAGGUGGUGUCAACAAGCGUAUGAGCAGAGACCGUCCGGCUAAACGAUCGCGCAGCCGAUCUCGUAGUGCAUCCAGUUCAGGUUCGUCGAGAUCUCGAUCACCGAGGCGAAGUCGUUCGCGAUCGUAUUCAAAUCGACGAUCGGGAAGUUACGAGAGGAAGUAUAGCAGAUCUCCAUCUGGCACCUACAGCAGAUCGCGAUCACGUUCGCGAACUAGAUCAUAUUCGAGGAGUCGCAGCCGCAGUAGGUCAGGUGAUCGAAAUUAUUAUCGCAAGAGACAAUUUCGGCCGUAUAAUAAUCGCGGCACGUACUACAAGCCACGUUUCCAAGGCUUCAAUAAUCCGAAUCAUCGCGGCGGCGGUAACAAUUUCCAAAACCGAAAUCGCUUUUACAACAAUCAGCAUAACAAUCGCUUCGGCAAUCGUCGCGGUGGUGGCUUCAACAAUCGUGGCGGCCGCGGCGGUCGUGGUAAUCGUGGUGGCAGAUUCUUCCACAAACAGAAUUUCCGUGAUUUCCGCGAUAGACGGGACUUUAGAGAUCGCCGUACAUCGCGCGAUCGGUACAGCGAUCGCAGCUACUCGCCUGAUCCAAUGAGGAAGGUGGACGAAGCAAAGGAGAAGAUCAACAAGAUGCUGGAAGGUGGCGAGGACGUCGAACAUCAGCAGGGUGGCAGCGGUGGCUCAACUGUACCACCUAACAAGAGACAAGCUGGACCCUUGAGCGAAGGAGAGGAAAGAGAUGAUGAUGACUAUGAGAGAUGGGGAGAGGGAGAGGGGGGCGAUGCAGCUAGCACCAAGAAUGAAGGGGUUGAACCUGUCGACGAGAACCUGGAUGGCAAGGAGUACUUCAUUGAGCGCAUGAAACAGCGAAGCAAGAACGUUUUAAUGCAGAGAGCCAUUGCAGCUAAGAUUUGGUAGAUACGAUCUAUUGCCCACCAUCGUCGCUGCUUCGCUGUGAUACAUAAUUCGUUUUCUUCAAGUCGCUCUUAGUUAAUUAGGUAGUCGACCAAUUAAUGCAAGACAUAUUGAGAUACUUUUGUAGUUAGUAACGAUCUUAUCUCUUUUGUUAUCACAAACUGUCAAUCGUAUAAUCUCAAUAAUUCCAUUUUAAGACGUUUACCUUAAUUUUUUCCAUUCUGAACUCUAAUUAUACUUCAAACUUAAAUCUAAUCUAUAUAAUUAAACCAAUAAAUUAUGAUUAUUUUGAUUAUUAAAGAGGUGUUUUUUUAAAUGAAGUUUUAUCGAUACUUUAGCAAAUAUAAUUUUGUCUGGAUCAUUUUAUAAAUUUCGAAAAAUUUCAUAUUUAUCCCAACAUGAAUCAUGAAAAGUUUCUUUGAUAUUUAUCCAAUAUAUUAAUAUUUACUCUGUAUAGUGUAACAAUAAUUAGAUUUUUCGUUAUCGAUUCAUUAACGCAUUAAGUAAAGUAUAUUUAACUGGCGAGUGGCUUUUCAUUAUCAUUCGUUAUCAGAAACGGAAGUCAAUUUAUUUUAUAAUUAUCCAAUGGCGUCUGAUCCUUUUGUACGAUACAGAAAUUUGUAGUUACGUUGUGAAAAUUGUGAAGCAAGCACGAUCAACCAAAGCGGAAGACCAUCGCGCAUUUCUGUUUCGAGAAUUUAAUAAAAUCCAACGUGCCAUUACAGGUCGUAUAUUCUAAUAUGCCUAAAACUUCCGUUUCGCUUGAUCUUAAUAAUUAUAAGAACCUAACUUUCACGUAAAUUUCAACAUAAGUAAUAGUACUCCCAAAUUGAGUAUCUGCGAUUCUCGAUAGAGAAUUUUAGGGGAAAGAUAUUGAUAUACAUUAUCGAUCUCUUUAUUACGAUUGUUUAGUUAAGCUAUAAUAUACGAGUAAUUUUAGUGGAAUAAGGUAAUAACUCUAUGUAAACCGUUGUAUGUAAACCGAGUUACUGUACAAUUGAAAGUUCCACAAAUAUAUAACACAAAAUCACUGCAA